GAAGAUAGCUGAAGAGAGAAAGUAAAGCAAGGACAUGUAAAUUGUUCCCAGUGAGAGAACUGCGAUUUAAGCGGAUAAAAAUUAAGCGGAGUGGAUUUCUCAUCGGCUCUCUUGUCUCUGCACGCACGCGCGCGCGCGCUGGAGUUUCGGGUGGUUUAAUAUCAUGACGCCGCGGAUGAUCAUCGUGUUGCUUCUCAGUUUCUUCAGCUCAGGAAUUCUGUCUAUCCAGGUGACUCUCACUGAGACAGAGAGACGCACAACUCUUUUUGCUUCGGUCACUUUACGGUGUGAUUACUCGACAUCGGCUCAGCUGCAGAAUGUGAUGGUCACCUGGAAAUUCAAAUCCUUCUGUAAAGAUCCGGUUCUCGAGUAUUACUCCACAGCGUAUCAGUCCGCCCUACAGUUGGGUCAAGACCCUGCCAAUGACUGUCAAGACUAUCAACGUACGGUCAGAACCGUGGCUCAGAAGCUGGGCUCUAAUGAGGCGGUGUUGGGCCCUGAGUACCGGGACAGAAAGGUCUACCUUCAGAACAAGGCGGAUCUGGUCAUCAAUGAGGUGAUGUGGUGGGAUAACGGCAUGUAUUUCUGCUCGGUGGAAGCACCUGGAGACACAAUUGGAGAUUCUGACCAGGAAAUGAAGCUCAUAGUGUAUCAUUGGCUGACGGCUUUUCUGAUCAUCAUUGGAGCUCUGAUGCUUGUCAUUCUGCUGUGUAUCUGCUGCUGUCAGUGCUGUCCACAGAAAUGUUGCUGUUACGUCCGCUGCCCGUGCUGCCCGCAGACCUGCUGCUGUCCUGAGAAAGCGGUUAUGCAGCACAGAUUAAUGAAAGAAGCUCAGAAAGCCAUGAGUCCCUGGAUGAACGGCCAGCCGCUCUACGCACCAAUGAGCAACCACAGUUCCUCCUAUCAGAUGAACCCCAUGCUGUACGCAGGCUCGGCAUCGGGGAAGGGCGGUAUGACUCCGGUUCCUCUCCCCCAUCCUCAGAUGGCACCCAUGCCCAUUACCAUGGCGCCCCCUAGCGUUCACGGCAGCGUUCACGGGAACAACCAGAUGCUGAACUAUCUGGAGAGUCAGGUGAGGGGUAUGGACGCCACCAGUCCGCUUCUGCAGCCGCAGCCUGCCAUCCCGCUGCAGUACAUGCCUCCCCCUCCCCAACACAUGCCGCAACACGUGCCCUUCUCCGCCGGCCCUCCCAGCAUGCUCUCAGGCCUGGACGACAGACAUGCGACGCGCAGAGUCCCGCGGGGAGGACGCUCGCACUCCAGCGGCUCUUCUGCCUACGGAGCCCCGCGACGCGAUAACCGGCACCAUCGUCCAGGUAUUCCGCGGAGCUACAGUCAGGAAGACGUUCUGGACCGCCGGAGCCAAUCUGGAGCGUAUCCUCCACGAUCGAGAUCCAGGGACGAUCUUAUGGCCGACGACGGCAGAGGACCGUCUAGACGAGAUGAUUACUCGCCAUUACCUCGCCGCGGUUCGUGGAGCUCGGCCAAUGAUGAGGACAGCCGUCGUGGAGCAGCUCGAGGAGGACGGGGAGGCGGCUGGAUAGAUCAUCCUCCGAGUUACAGUGAAUAUGAGCCAGGAAAGAAGCCGACGAAGCGCCCGGAACGCUUCUCUGAUAAAAGUUCACGCAGUGGCACCAGCAUUGUCAUCUGAUGUCCACCGACUGCACAUUUAUAACAAACUUGUGUGUGUUCACGUGCACCGACUGAAGAGAAGCGAAACAUUUUAGUGAAGCAAAACGUUUUUAGAAGAUUUUUUUGCAAGACAAUGUACAUUUUGAGUAAAUGUGAAUGAACAUUGGAGAAAGAUUACCUUAAGUUUAAUGGUUUCUUGAUGAAAUAUUUCUUAUUUGAAAAUUGUUGGGGUUUUAAAAAGAAAAUAUGUAAAUAAAUGUUUCGUUGUAGUAUUUAAUUUUUUUACAGUACAGAGCAAUAAAAACACUUAUUGAUGAUUAAUAUGAAUGAAGAGUAAAAUAGUGUUUUGUUAGUGUAGCAGCUCAUGUUGUGUGUAAAAGCUCUUGUGUGUACAUAUCAUGGUGUUCAACUCUCUUGCCUCUUUGUAAAUUGUAUUUUCUUCCAUACUCUUUAAGAAUUGCUGUAAUUUCAAAACUGGAUUUUAUAUUUAACAUUACACUGUUUGUGAACAUGUGAAUCUUUCUGGUCUGUUCAACAAUAUAUAUUUCGUUCUAUCAUUCUCCA